GGGACUCAAUCAGUCAAGUCAGUGCAGCGUCAGGUGACAGACCCUGUUUUACAAGGUGCUGCUCUCGCCUCCACCCACAGCCCAACGUAUAGAAUACCGUGCGCUGAGGAAUACGCAACUUGGAGCUGAACUCCACAGGACAUUUACAAAAGGCUCCGACUUUAAACUGGAUAACAUUCAGUGAUAAUUUCCCCUUCUAUGGCAUUUUCCAGCGAGGACAGCCAGGAGGACGCACAGGAGUGUCCGGUGUGCUAUGAGGGUCUCUCGGGCACCGAGAGGACCCUGAGCUGCGGACAUGUGUUCUGCCACGACUGCCUGGUCAAAACGCUGGUCAGCAUCAACAGGGAUGGGAACAUCAGGGACACGAUCAUUUGCCCCGUGUGUCGACAUCUGACGUUCGUCAGGAAGCAGAAGGAAGCGCUGGUGUCCCCCGCUAAGGACAAGACUCUGGAUGAGGCGCAGACCCUGGAGGUGCCUCUGCCUCGUCCGCCGGGGCAGCUCCCAGGCGCACGGCGGACCCCGAGGGCCCCUUUGCCGCGGGGGGUGGACUGGAUCGCCCGCUGCUUCAGGGGGAUCUCGGAGCGAGCCCGUCGACAGAGGCUGAUCAGCCCCCGCUACAACGCGUCUCAGAUCUUCAUCAUCAGCGCCGAGGGGCGACCCAUGGCUGAGGAUGAUGCGCUCAGCGUUGUGAUGACUGCUGUUCAGCCGCAGCGGCGCAGGCGAAGGCGCAGGUUUUGCACGACCGCACGAUGCCUGCUCGUUCUGCUCUCGUCGUUCACUCUCCUCGCACUGGUGGCUGCAACUUUACCCUGGAUUUUAUUGGCAUAGCGCAGCGUUUAAUGACUGGAUUACGAAGUGCCAAUAAGGAGCGAUGAACUGAUAUUUAAAAAGACUCUUAGUGCAGAAGAAAUUAACAUUGUCCAUCAGCUAUGCAAUGAAGUGUGUGACAUGAGUUUAUUUGUCUUACUGGUGAAAAUAAUCAGAAAAUUUACAAUUCAGGGGAUUUUUCUGGGUUUUAAGAUAUCACCAGGCGUUGUAAUCUUCCCUCUUUCCACUUAAGGAAAGUUAAGGGAGUUUAUUGGCGUGCCACCUGUUUUAUGUGAAUCACCAGGCAGCAGUCUAAAGUAAAGGGAAGGCUAGGGAAGCCUUGACAACUACGCCUUUUGUUUUGCAUUCCUGUCUGUGACAAGUUAUGCCUGUUUCAUAAGGAGCCAACAUGCAGGGAUGUGUAACAACUUCACAACACAGGACAUUUUGAGGUCUGACUUUAACAACCAAAAAAUGGAACAAGUCGAUUUAACGUUAUUGAUGAUUUCAAGCAGCAGGCCCUGACUUUGUGGGAAGAAAAAAAAUGCACUAUAACACCACAGAACACUUUCAACAUUUGUGUGUUUGCACAUUUCUCCAAAAGAAAAGCGAUUAGACAUGAGCCGGAUCUGACAAGGGAGCAAAGUGUGGUAAUGACCAUGUUAAAACAUUCAGGUUAUCCUCUCUCCUUCUAACAUCUCAUUGUUUCCAUUUCAUGCGGUAAUCUUAAACAUGCAAAUGAAAUGGAAAGGUGUCUAAUAACUGGAUGGAGUUAGUGGUUGUAUCAGGACCUUCAUCUCUUACAGCAUGCGAGAGGCUUGCCAUGUGGUGUGUUCAAAGACGCUGUAAACAGAGUCGCCUUUAAAACUCUCAAGUUAGAAAUAAUUGAUGUCCCAAGUCUGAAGGAGGCUGGUAAAGAUGAGCUGAGCCUGGUUGAUUGCUGUAAGGAGACACGCUGCUAGACUGUAGCAUUAGAUUACCCCUAAAAACAUAUGUGUAGACAGUAGAGAGUUUAAUUUAGGCACGAAUGACGAGAUGAUGUGUGUUUUGAUAGAAAUCAAUCUGUCAGUUGGUCUCAAUCUAAGAGUUCCUAGGUGGAUCACUGAGCCUGUAUGGGGCGGAGGAUCCAAACAAACGAGGGACUCAUUGUCAGUGUGGGUGUCACCACCACCCUGUCAAACCUGGACACUCCUAGUUUCCUCCUCCCCCAGUCAUCCUGCCGGGCCAGUCCCACAGGUUACACGUUCGAAACGGCCUCUGCUGUUUCGGCCCUGCCAGGUUUCUGCUUAAUCAAUUUGUUGAGUCAGACUUUUUCAUCACAGCCCUGUUUUUGACUUUCAGGACCCAGAUUUAUCCCCCCAAAUCCAGAGGAGGGGAUGGGUGGAGAGAGAAUAAAGGCAGGAAUUACAUACGAAGUAUGCAAUUUGCUUCUGCGAUUAAACCUAUUCCUAAACUAAGUGUUUUAAGAAGUACUCUGCAGUAAAAGUACCAGUAACAGUGUCUUUCAUGUACAGAUGUGAAUGAAUGUUGAUGGGUGUGGGAAAGCCCGAAAUGCUGUUAAAGUUGAUUUGUUUAUUUAUUUUGGUUGGCUUUCCCAAAUUGAGCACUGCAGCCAACUUCGCUCACAACCCAAAACUGAAGACGAGCGGUCUCUGGUUUCUUUUCCUUUUUUCAUGAACAACUGGAGUUAUACUUCAUGCAUUGAGUGAAAAUGUAACAAUGUCUAAAUCAUAAACUGUGUAUAAAAAUGGGAGAAAUGACUUCUUCUCAAAUGUGAAGCCAAAGCAUCUCCAUUGCCUCCUGGUGUCUGGCAGCGGUAUAGGUCAUUGACCCUACGUCAUCCAUGUCGGUGGCUGGGACAUGGACCAAAUAAAAAAGCCAAAGUACACAGCAUAAA